GAAAAUAUAUAUCUGCGAAAUUCACGUAUCUCUUUCGUGUCCCAACGAACAUUCACACCACAGAACUAGAAGUCGUCGAAAGAUCUCUUCACCUCUUUCCGUGCGAUCCAGAGAGAUAUACUUUUGAUCAACACCUAUCCUACCCAUCUACCGCCAGAAGAUUAUUUCGACUUUUCAUCACCUCCUGUCGGUCGUACUUGUCGACGCUCCCGUUCCAUUGUCGCUGAUAGUCGCUACCUCGCUACGCUACUUCACCCUCUAUCUAUCUAUCUAUCUAUCUAUCCACCCCUUCAUAAGACUUCUUCUCCUCACACUAUUGGAGAGUUCUUCAAUCAACAUCUUUCGAAACAGAUAUAAUUCCUCGAUCCUAUAUCUCUACUCGUCAAUCAAUCAACCCAUCAAUCCAUCAAUCAUAUUACAUGCUUGUAAUUGAGAACACCCAUCAUCGAUAUCCUCUUACCUCCCACUUUCACAUGUGCUCGGGAUUGUCUACUUCCAGUUCGAAUAUCAGCGUUCAAUAAAAGUAGCUUCAAUCUUUGAUCUUCUCUAAUAAAUAGUAGAAUUUCUGUAAUUCGUCUCAUAACUAACACGAAUUCCCAAUCCAAUCCACACUCAACCACAUCAAUCACCAUGUCUCUGUCAAGAAGACCUAGUAUGAAGGGCAGAGAUUCCUCGGGUCGCGAAGUUUCCCUAUUAAAUUCCUCCACGACGGAGAUGUCUCCCUCUCCUGUAUCACAACCACUGUCACAAUUACCACAAUUGCCAUUCAGACAACCUUCGUACGAUUCGUAUGGAUCGCAAAGAUUCUCCCAAAAAUCUUACCCACCAAGCUCUCCACACAUGGUCCGAACGAAUUCCAAUGCAUCAAUUGCCAGUCUUACAUCGGUACCCAGUUUAUUACGUUCCGAUUCUUACGAUUCAUAUGAAGCCCGAUCACCAAUUACACCCACCUUUACACCACACGCUCAUGGGAGAAAUCAUUCUUUCACCGAGCAAUAUGGAAAGGAAAAUCCAUUUUACGAGCGUAAUUCCAUGGACGAAUACCGUCCUUACUCUACACAUUCCACUCAAAAAUCCUAUCAAUCAACAAACGCACCACAAUAUCCCGAAGAACAAUAUUAUCACGAAGAUUCUUACCCAGGAGUUGCCGAACGUGGACCUGGAAAACGUUACUCGUGUCGAUACAAGGAACUCCACAACUGCAACAAAACCUUCACCACCUCCGGUCAUGCAUCUCGGCAUGCUAAGAUUCAUACCGCCGAAAAAAUGGUGUGCUGCACAUAUACUGGAUGUAUGAAGAAAUUUACCCGAGCGGACAACAUGAAGCAACAUCUUGAUACUCAUUACAAGGACAAGCCUAGAUCUGCAUCGAGUAGCGCAUCGUCGAGCGGUAGAAUGAAUGGCAAGUCAACACUCACCAUGCCUGCCAGAGUACAAAAGAAAGCUUCGCCUUCAAUCAACAACUUGCAAUCUCCAAGACCUAAGAUGCUAUCUCGAAUCUUGACAUCCGAUAUCCCUCCAUUCGAUUUGAAGGAUCAGCAACAAUUCCAACCCCAACAAGACUUUUACCCUUCAAUGGGCUCGGGUCCUUCGCCCACCCAAACAGAUUUCCAAAGUCUACCUACCAGACCCAAGAGUCCCAGUAGUCUGGAUAUAUUGGCUCAAGCGGCAUCGGGAAACAUGUAUUAAUUGGUAAUCCUUGAUACCUUUUCAGUUAUGAAAUGUUCAGAACAAACCAAAGUUGUACAGAACCAUAACUUUGCGUUUGGAUCACCGAUUUUCUCCCCCGCACCAAUAUAUCCUUUCCGCAUAUGCAGGUUAUAUUACGUUUUUGGAAUACUGCAUGGCACGCUUCUCCACAUCUCAUCGUAUCUCGAUUCUUUUGGCAGUUCUUCACUUCAAAGUUAUUGUCAUUGGAUGAAAGGGAAGAAAGCGGCAAAUAUACAUUGAAUGCAGUUGAAACUGCAUUUGGUUUUCGGUUUAGCGUUUUUUCCCCGUCGGUUAAUUUGUAUGCCGUGGGUGGUACCAUUUUUUUUUCGGAUGGUCUCGGGCUACAUACCUCUCCGAUUCUUGCAAUAAUCAUCGGGUAAUUCGGGGUGGGUGAUGGAUGAAAUGGUGAUGCAAAAGUUACUUGACUUUUUCCCUUCAAGUAUAUAACUUUUUUCUUUAGAGGCUGUGUGUGGGAGGGAUUUCUUUUACAAAGGUUCUUUUUUUUUCUCUCAGUAUAUACCAUGAUGAUACGGGGUCACAAUGUUUUUUUUUGUUUUUUUUUGGGGGGGUUUACAUGGCUUGGAGGGAUGGAGAUGAAUACUCUAAUUUGGUGGAUUGAUUUGGAUCGAUCCAUCUUGGAUGAUGAGUUGACGGAAUGGAAGUAAUUAUGUGAAUUGUUUGAUGUGGGCGGGAAGGAGAAUCAAGAGAGAAAUUUUUAUACCAAGGCUGGAUGAUCUGGAUUGGGAAUGGGAAAGGGAAAUUUUAUGGAAUGGAUUGGCCUGGGGAUUAGGGAAAAAUAUGAUAUAAAGGUGUUGAGGUCUUUUUUUUGAUUCAGUUUUCAUUUGUUUCUUGGGGUGUUUUUGUUUAAAGAGGGACUUUUUGUACCCUGCUCGCUCGUGGCAAAUGGCAAUGAUACCAGGUUAAACAAGUUGUGUAUGUAUAUGAACAUGAGCAUGAGCAUCAGCUUGUCUGUUUGGGAUGGGGAGGGGAGAUUGAAUGGAGUGGAGUGGAGUGGAAUGAACA